AUGGCUCACAAUUUCUCUUCAGUUGAAUGGCUUUCCCAAAGCAGCCUGAAAAAGAAGACAACCUUCAGCUCACCCUACUCUCAUGAGAUACGAAAGGAUGAUAAAACUACUGCAUAUUUUUGGAAUCCUGUAAUACAGCCAUUUUCAAAAGUUGCCCAAGUGUCACCAUACCCAGGAACUCAGCAACUGGCAUUGUCUCCAAGCUUAUGGGAUUCAGAUCUAUCCAAUCAAUCCAGUGACUAUGAAGUUUCUCCCUGUACUUUGGAGAACACAAGACUGUCUCCAGUUUUGGCUUGCGCUGAUCUACCACAGGAGGACAUGGAAGCCUCACAAUCCCCUCUCUACAAUGGACUGUACACUAAGUCAGAAAACAUUUUCUUCCAUGAUGUCCAAAAAUCCACCAGUUCUCAAGAUAUUCCUACACAAGAGAGGUCUGAAAGACAAACGGAGCAAAAAAACUUAAAUGAAGACUUGACCCAUUCCGGCUGCUCUUCUAGUGCUGAGUCCGGCUAUGAGAGUGAAACUAGUCGAUCUAGUUCCACAUCCCCAGGAGUAGACGGAACAGAGGAAUCAAGUGAUGCUUCUGAUGAAGAGGGUAAAAUGGGUCGCAGACUGAGAACAGCCUUCACCACUGAACAGAUUACUACCCUCGAAACUACCUUCCAAAAACACAAAUACUUGGGGGCAUCAGAGAGACGCAAGCUUGCAGCUAAGCUCCAGUUGUCUGAAGUUCAGAUUAAAACUUGGUUCCAGAACAGAAGGAUGAAACAUAAGCGUGAAAUGCAAGAAGGGAGACAAGGCCCGUUUCAUGCGGCUCACAUCUAUGGUGUGUACGGGUACCCAACACAGACCAUGCCAGCCUAUCAGUACACCCAGCCAAUGCAACAACACUUUGCACCCAACCCUUUGCUGGAUUCCAUGUCUGUAAAUUAUGCUAGCCAAGCAUCUACCAUGGAACCCCUUAACACCUUCAGCCAUCCGCAAAUGUCCAUGAUGUACUUACCCCACCAGUCUGUCAUGCCACCUUCGUAUCAGUAUGACGAGCAGCAGUAUGUGAGAUAUUAACAUACCAAAGAACUAUCAUUUUCUUUCAAGAAGCUGGACAGAAUAAGACUUUGAAAAACUCUUUUAUCUUUAUUCCUGAAAGAGCCUUAUUUGCACUGGGACUUUGUGUUGUGUUUACAAAUAUGUGUAACAUAUUGUAU